AUGGCCAAGGACCCACGAGCCGUUGAUGACGAGGACCAUGACGAGCAAGGCGCCUCCCCGAAAGAACUCCUCUUCGCCGCCUGUCGUUCAAACAACACCGACCUCCUGACCGAAGUCCUCUCUCAAUUCCCUGAAACCGAAGAAUCAAAAGAAGAAUCCAAAGAUGAAGCAGACGAAACAAAAGAAUCCACAGAAACCAAACCCACCACCACCACCACAACGGAACCUCCAAAGGAUGGUGCCGAAGACUCCGAAGACUCAACCCCUCUCUCCAAAUUCCUCAACGAAUCCCGCGAUUCCCUGGGAAGAAUGGCUCUUCACGUUGCGGCAAAGUACGGUAACCCGGAGAUUUUGGAUAUGCUCCUGGAUCAGGAAGGAUUGGAAGUCGAUCCCGAGAGCUUGAUGGAAGGGGAUACACCGUUACACGUUGCCGCUCAAUUUACUUCUGAAGAUCCAGAGGUUGGUGGAUACCUCAUCCAUCUGUUAGUAGACGCUGGUGCAGACCCAAGGAUAAAAAACAAGGGCCUCCAAAAACCAGUUGAUCUGGUAGAUCCGAAUUGUCCGGAAAUCCGUUCAUACCUCCAAGAAGCCGAAGCAGAGAUCGAACAGGAAGCACGCCAAGAAGCGGCGCAACGAGCCUUCGACGCCGAAAUUGCCCGACAGACCAAACACGGUGGUGAUAUUAUCAUUGAAGAUUUGGAUGAAGCCGGUAGUGGACCUGCUAGUGAUUCCGAAUAA